AUUUGAUGCCCACGCGCAAGGGGCCAAGGCACAAUAACUCUCUCUCUCUCUCUACUUUCUCUCUCCCCUUCCUUCUUUCCCGAAGAGGGUGACCCCCCUACGCACCCAAAAGGAAAAGAUUGAACAUCAAAAGUAUGGUAAACUCUCUGAAUUAUUGGGGGAAGACAAAAGCUUGGGAAAGCGACCCUUCCUCUCUCCCCCUGUACUACCCAGCAAAAAGCUGUCCCUCCCCAUUGCACAAUCGGGAGGGAAAGAGAGAUUAAAGCACAACUAGCCCAUCACUCCACUACAUGUAGGUUCUACCGUUCUAGAGUCCAGGGACUAAUUUAUCCUCCCACCAAAACCUACUAUUUCUCUUCCUCCUUGGGAUUAUUGCCCUGCUGCUGCUGCUCUGCCGAGAUGCCUAGGCCGGGCCCGAGGCCGUAUGAGUGUGUCCGGCGAGCUUGGCAUAGCGAUAGGCACCAAUCCAUUAGAGGUUCCAUCAUUCAGCAGAUUUUCAGGGUCGUCAAAGAGGUUCACAGCUCCGUAACGAAGAAUAACAAGGAAUGGCAAGAGAAGCUGCCUUUGGUGGUUUUCAGAGCAGAGGAAAUUAUGUAUUCCAAAGCCAAUUCUGAGGCUGAGUACAUGAAUCUCGACACGCUAUGGGACAGAGCAAAUGAUGCGGUUAACACAAUUAUCCGGCGAGAUGAGGGCACUGAAACCGGGGAGCUUCUGCCGCCUUGUGUCGAAGCUGCCCUUAAUCUUGGUUGCACUCCAGUAAGAGCUUCGAGAAGCCAACGCCACAGUAAUCUGAGUUACCUCACUCCAAGAGCUCAAGACCCCGCUUCUACCCCCGCUAGGGUUUUGGAUAAAACUACAGAUGAACGGCGCCCUCAGUUUUCUCUGCAUCACUCUAGCAAUCAAUUGAACUUUGCAAAAGCCUCAAAUGUGAGUUCUGCGCAUUUGGUCCCAGAAUCUUACAGCCGCAUCAACCAAAGUACUAACCUCACUAGCCCUCUGAGUUACCCUUUUGCACUUGAGAAUGUUCUUGCUGGCCAUAACCAGUUAGCAACAAUGUCAACCAACAAUCCCUUGAACUCGGGUUCAGUAUAUCCGUUAUAUUAUGGAACUCACCAUCAACCCCAAAAGCGCCAGGUCGUUCAUCAGGCUCCAGAAAAUACACAUUCUAGGACUCUAUAUGUUGGUACUCCAAUUGUUACAUCAGUUAUGGAGCCUACAAAGCAGAACCUUUUCUCCUCUCAAGGUGCUGAAAAUGUGUCACACAGAUUCACACAAGAAGUCAUGGACACCCAGGAGAAGCCACGAGAAACAGAAUGUGAUUUAUCAUUGACGCUUGGUCCUGCUCUCCACCCAUGUACUCAAAGAAGGUUGGCCAGUGAAAUGGAAGAUUUUGGUUCAAGAAAUUCUCAAGAGGGGGGAAAGUUAAAUGAUGUUUCUUCACCGAGAAGUAAGGAAUUCUGUUUCUUUCCCACAGAGACUGCUUAUGAUCGCGUUGAGUCCACUUCCAGUAUGUGGAAUUCAGAGAGCGGUCGUAGUUCUGAGGCAACUAUAAGGAAGCGCAAGGCACCUUUUAGUACCAACGAGGAAGAUAGACAAUUUUGCUGGCAACCAGAUGUCAUUCCCAACAGGUUUACUGGUCGAACUACAGGGCCUGGACUGUGCUGUGAUAAAUUGUACUCCUCUCUGAAAAAUUGGCAUAACGGUCUGGGGCGUCCACACGGAUGGCUUCUUUCCAACAACUUCUUUACCGCAGAACCCUAGAAAAUUAUGUCUUAGGUAACUUAUUGUGCAUUGUUUGAUUCAGAUAAUAAGUUAGCCGUUCUUUUAAGCUUAUAUGUUGAGUAAUGAGAUUAAGUGCUUAUCCGGCCCCAUUGUGUUAUCGAUUUCAAGAGAAAUUCUUUGCC